AUGGAGAUCUGCUUGAUCCUGCUGCUGCCCAGGACCUGCCUUGUGGUACGCCUUAAGACCACACACUCGGGAGCAACCUGUGCCGCAGCGUUUGCAGACGACUUCCGGGCCCCGCCCCGCGGCACGCGAGAAUACGUGAGAAGGCGCUUCCGGUUGGCAUGUUUGGCUGGCGCAGCUACCUGGCUGGAAUGCUUGCUGGCUGGUGACAGGUCCAGGAGGAAAUCCUCAAAGAAGCGGGCUCCCAAGGCCGAACGUACAUUGGGCAGAUGCAGAGCCCAGCCUGGCCAGAAGAAGCAGGCUGGGGGCAGCCCAAGGCCUGGGUCUCCCAGGAGAAAACAGUCAGAGCACAGGAGACGCCAAGAGGAGUUGGGAGAACAUAACAGGAGCCCAGCAGAGAGGAACCGCGAGGGGAGGAGGAAAAAGGAUGGGAAGGCUUCCUUCAAGGAGCAGAGAGCACCCCCAGGGAAGGAAAAGGAGACCCCAAAGAAGGAGGAGAUGUGGAAGCACCUGAAGAAACACAGGUCAACCUCUGUGGCCUCCAGUGCCUCUGGUGGGGAGCAUCUGUCUGAGGAGGAACUGACCUGGAUCCUGGAGCAGGUAGAAGAAAAGAAGAAGCUUAUUGCUACCAUGCGGAACAAGCCUUGGCCCAUGGCAAAGAAGCUGACAGAGCUCAGGGAGGCCCAAGCAUUUGUGGAGAAGUAUGAAGGAGCCUUGGGAAAGGGGAAAGGCAAGCGGCUCUACGCCUACAGGAUGCUGAUGGCCAAGAAAUGGGUCAAAUUUAAGAGAGAUUUGGGUAAUUUCAAGACUCAAUGUAUUCCAUGGGAGAUGAAGAUCAAGGACAUUGAAAGUCACUUUGGUUCUUCAGUGGCAUCAUAUUUCAUCUUUCUCCGGUGGAUGUAUGGAGUUAACCUUGUCCUUUUUGGCUUAAUAUUUGGUCUAAUCAUAAUUCCAGAGGUACUGAUGGGCAUGCCCUAUGGAAGUAUACCCAGGAAGACGGUACCUCGGGCUGAGGAAGAAAAAGCCAUGGACUUUUCAGUCCUUUGGGAUUUUGAGGGCUACAUCAAGUAUUCGGCUCUCUUCUACGGUUACUACAACAACCAGAGGACCAUCGGGUGGCUGAGGUACCGGUUACCAAUGGCUUACUUUAUGGUGGGGAUUAGCGUAUUUGGCUACAGCCUGAUGAUUGUCAUUAGAUCGAUGGCCAGCAAUACCCAGGGAAGCACAAGCGAGGGGGAGAACGAUAACUUCACAUUCAGUUUCAAGAUGUUCACCAGCUGGGACUACCUGAUUGGAAAUUCAGAGACGGCAGACAACAAAUAUGCCUCCAUCACCACCAGCUUCAAGGAGUCAAUAGUGGAUGAACAAGAGAGUAACAAGGAAGAAAACAUCCAUCUUACAAGAUUUCUCCGCGUCCUGGCCAACUUUCUCGUCAUAUGCUGUUUGUGUGGAAGUGGGUACCUCAUUUACUUUGUGGUGAAGCGAUCCCAGGAAUUCUCCAAAAUGCAGAAUGUCAGCUGGUAUGAAAGGAAUGAGGUAGAGAUUGUGAUGUCCCUGCUUGGGAUGUUUUGUCCACCUCUCUUUGAAACUAUUGCAGCCCUGGAAAAUUACCACCCACGCAUUGGACUCAAGUGGCAGCUGGGGCGCAUCUUUGCGCUCUUCUUGGGGAACCUCUACACGUUUCUCUUGGCCCUGAUGGAUGACGUCCACCUCAAGCUUUCUAAUGAAGACAGAAUAAAGAACAUCACUCAUUGGACUCUGUUUAACUAUUACAACUCCUCGGGUUGGAAUGAAAGUGUUCCACGGCCACCCCUGCACCCUGCAGAUGUGCCCCGGGGUUCUUGCUGGGAGACAGCUGUGGGCAUUGAAUUCAUGAGGCUGACGGUGUCUGACAUGCUGGUAACAUACAUCACAAUCCUGCUAGCGGACUUCCUACGGGCAUGUUUUGUCCGAUUCAUGAACUACUGCUGGUGCUGGGACCUGGAGGCUGGCUUCCCUUCAUAUGCUGAGUUUGAUAUUAGUGGAAAUGUACUGGGUUUGAUCUUCAAUCAAGGAAUGAUCUGGAUGGGCUCUUUCUAUGCCCCGGGACUGGUGGGCAUUAACGUGCUGCGCCUGCUGACCUCCAUGUAUUUCCAGUGCUGGGCGGUGAUGAGCAGCAACGUCCCCCACGAGCGCGUGUUCAAGGCCUCCCGAUCCAACAACUUCUACAUGGGCAUCCUGUUGCUGGUGCUCUUCCUCAGCCUCCUGCCUGUAGCCUACACCGUCAUGUCCCUCCCGCCCUCCUUCGACUGUGGACCAUUCAGUGGGAAAAACAGAAUGUACGACGUCAUCCACGAGACCAUUGAAAACGAUUUCCCAACCUUUCUGGGAAAGAUCUUUGCUUUCCUCGCCAAUCCAGGCCUGAUCAUUCCAGCCAUCCUGCUGAUGUUCCUGGCCAUCUACUACCUGAACUCAGUUUCCAAAAGCCUUGCCCGAGCUAAUGCCCUGCUGAGGAAGAAAAUCCAAGCGCUCCAUGAAGUUGAGAAGAGCCAUAAGACUGUCAAAGACAGGGCCACAGUCAAAGAUUCAGGGGACAUGCUUAAAGGAAGCUCCAAAAAUGCCACCCAGCUCCAAAUCACCACAGAAGGGACCAUACCUGACUCUUCCCACCAAAGCCAGACUCCAGACAAGAAGGCACAGGGCGCUGGGACCUCCAGUUCUGCUGGCAGAACUGCACUGCCAGCCAACAGGCACAUCCCUGUAUCUCAGUCCCCUAGAGUCAGACCAGAUUCUGGCCAACCCCUACCUCAGACUCAUCCUUGGAGGUCAGCUUCCAGAAAGAGUGCACAGAGGCCGCCCCCCUGACAACUGGGACUCGCUGGAGCAUCACUUCUAAGGGUGAUCCUCAGGCCCCACUGUCUCACA